AUGGAUAAUAAUUUAAAUUUUGUUGUUGAUUCUCAAAUUUCUUUAGAACCAUUAACACCAAAAACAAUAACUGCAUUUAAAAUUAUAAAUUCAUCUGUUUUGCCUGUACAUUAUAGUGAUAAAUUUUACCAAGAAAUUCUUAAUGAAGAUGUUCAAGAUUUUAGUAGAAUUGUUAUAUUAAAAUCUAGUGGUACACCAAUAGGUGCUGUUUCAUGUCGUAUUGCAUCGUCAAAAUUAGGAUCAAAUUUGACAAAUUCUGAUUUGUAUAUUAUGACACUAGGUACACUGCCAGCAUAUAGAAGAAGAAAAAUAGGUACUAUUUUAUUGGAAUAUAUAUUUCAAUUAUGUAAAAAAUUAUCUUUCAUAAAAAGAAUUGUACUUCAUGUUCAGACAAGUAAUGAGGAAGCUUUAGAUUUUUAUAAAAAAUUUGAUUUUCGUAUUGCUGAUACUAUUGAAGGAUAUUAUAAAAGAAUUGAUGUUACAAGUGCUCAUUUGUUGAUUAAAGAUUUAUAA